AUGGAGGACACGCAGAAAGAUACCGUCUCUGAGAACAUCUAUCUCAACACAGAGGAUCCUGAAAUCAGCGAUGAUCAGUCUGGAAUUUACGAGACUUUUUACCUGGACACAGAAAAACAAGGACAACUGAACAUAGACAAGCUAGAACCCCUGAACACUGAUAUGCGGGGACCAGGUGUUCAAGUGAAGGAGAAGCAGGGACCUCCUCACAGGUUGGCUGUUGUGUGUCUGGGGCUACUGUGUGUUGUCUUUCUGGCCACCAUUGUAGGGAUGUAUGUAAAGCACAAUGCAGACACAGUUUACCUCCAGACCCGUUAUGAUCUCCUAACCAAAGAGAGGGACCAGUUACAAACCAGUAUGGACAACGUGACUAUGGAGAGAGACCAGUUACAAACCAGAAUGGACAAUGUGACUAUGAAGAGAGACCAGUUGCAGUCCAUGUGUGUGAAACUUGCCAAAGAGAGAGACAAGUUGAGGACCAGUUACACCAAUGUGACUGCGGAGUUAGACCAGUUACAGGCCAGCUAUAGCAAUCUCACUCAGGAAAGGGACCAGUUGCAAAACAACUCUAACAGGCUUCUAACCAGUCUCACCACUCUUUCCAAAGAAAGAGACCAAUUAGAAACCAGUUACAACAUCCUGAGACUGGAGAGAGAUGAACUUCAGAGGAAGCUUUCUACACAAGUAGGAACCUGCCCUGACGGAUGGAGAAGAUUUCAGUGUAGCUGUUACUACGUUUCCACUGUGACAACAAACUGGGAGCAGAGCAGACAGGACUGCAGAGGAAAAGGAGGAGAUCUGGUCAUUAUAAACAGCAGAGAGGAACAGGCUCUGUCUCCAUCUCAGGCUCUGUGUCCACCACUGACUCAGUGUUCAGAUCUUCUCUGUGGACUGGGUCUUGAUCCAGCUCUCGCUCAGUUCUUGUAA